ACAAACCGCAAACGCGAAACUUCGAAAACUAACGGAUAAAAUAAAUAAUAGUGGGAAAUCAUCUAGUAAACAGUGUUUUAUUUACAGUAUUUUACACAUUGAAUUUGUGGGAUUCAAUGUUUGACUAUUAUUACUUUUGAGCUAAAGGAAAGUAACAAAAUGCAUAUCAAAUCUAUAGUUUUGGAUGGUUUCAAGUCGUAUGGAAAUCGAGUGGAAGUUACCGGCUUUGAUCCAGAAUUUAAUGCUAUCACUGGGUUAAACGGAACAGGAAAGUCAAAUAUUCUAGACUCUAUAUGUUUCGUUUUGGGAAUAACAAAUCUAUCCAAUGUGCGCGCUGGAAGUCUUCAAGAGCUGAUUUACAAGCAUGGACAAGCUGGUAUUACAAAAGCUACCGUGAGCAUCACUUUUGACAACAGGAAUAAGAGACAAAGUCCUAUUGGAUAUGAGAACCAUGAUGAGAUCACUGUUACAAGACAGGUGGUGAUGGGUGGUAAGAAUAAAUACCUGAUAAACGGUAUCAAUGUACAAAAUAAGAGAGUGACAGACUUGUUCUGUUCAGUGCAGCUAAAUGUGAACAAUCCCCAUUUCCUCAUCAUGCAGGGCAGGAUCACCAAAGUGCUGAAUAUGAAACCACCAGAGAUAUUGUCUAUGGUUGAAGAGGCGGCAGGUACAAGAAUGUAUGAAGCUAAAAAGCAAGCAGCUCAGAAAACCAUUGAGAAAAAAGAUGCUAAGCUGAGGGAGCUCAAUGAUAUAAUAAAGGAGGAUAUAGCUCCGAAACUGCAAAAGUUGCAGGACGAGCGAGCUCAGUUCCAAGAGUACCAGAAGGUUGUGAGAGAGUUGGAGAAUCUUACAAGACUGCAUGUGGCUUGGAAAUAUGUGACGGCAGAAAAAAGUGUCAGUGAAGCGAAUAGCAAGGUGACAGAAGUGAUGAAUGAGAUCCAAGGGAAGAAAGAUAAGAUAGAGAGCAAUAUUCAGGAAGCACAAGAGUUCGAUACGCAGGCCACUGAGUUGAAUAGACGACUGGAUGAGGAAAGCGGCAGCGCGCUGUUGGCGCUGGAGAGGUCGGCGGCGGGCGCGGAGCGGCGCGAGGCGGGCGCGGGCGCGGCGCAGCUGGGCGCGCGGGACGCGCUGGCGGCGCAGCGCGCGCGCGCCGCCCUGCUGCGCCGCGCGCGCGCCUACGACGCCGCCGCGCUCGCCGACAAGCGCGCCGUGCUGCUGCAGGCGUCAUCGACAUUCGAGUCGCUCCGGGCGGCGAGCGAGGCGGGCGAGCGGCGGCUGGCGGAGGCGCAGGCCAAGUUCCUGGCCGUCAGCUCGGGCCGCGAGGACGCCGCCUCCUCGCUGCAGGACCAGCUCAUGGAGGCAAAACAGCAAGCCUCCGAAGCGUCCACGCGGAUAUCACAAAAUAUGAUGGAGAGGAAACACGCGGAGGAGCGGCUCAAGGGCCUCGAGCGGGAGUUCAGUUCCAGUAACGCGCAGUACAAACAGGACUUGGAUGUCAUACAGAAGAAUGAGGCUGAGGUGGAGAGGCUAAAGGCGCAGCUGGCGGGCGCUGCGGGGGGCGCUGGGGACGGCGCGGCGGGGUGCGCGCAGGCGGCGGCGGCGGCGCGGGUGCGCGCGGCGGCGGCGGCGGCGCGGCGCGCGCGGGAGGGCGCGGAGGCGCUGGCGGCGCGCCUGCAGCGCUGCCACUUCCGCUACGAGCCGCCCGAGCCGCACUUCGACGCGCAGCGGGUCGCGGGCACUGUAUGCAGGCUUAUAAAUGUCAUCGAUCCUAAAUAUUGCACGGCGCUGGAGACGGCAGCCGGAGGAAGAUUGUACAACGUGGUGGUGGACACGGAGGUGACGAGCAAGCUGCUGCUGCAGCACGGCAAGCUGCAGACGCGCACCACGCUCAUCCCGCUCAACAAGAUCUCGGCGCACGUGCUGGACCCGCGCACCUUGCGCGCCGCGCAGGACAUCGGCGGCGGGCCGGACAAGGUGCAGCUGGCGCUGGAUCUGAUAGAGUUCGAGCCGCGGGUGCGCGCGGCCAUGAGCUGGGUGUUCGGCGGCACGCUCGUGUGCGCGGACCUGGACACGGCCAAGCGCGUCACGUUCGACCCGCGCGUGCGCACGCGCUGCGUCACGCUCGACGGCGACGUGUUCGACCCGUCCGGCACGCUGUCCGGCGGCGCUCGGGCUAAGGGCGGCGCGCUGCUGGUGCAGCUGGCGGAGCUGCGCGAGCGCGAGCGGCAGCUGCAGCAGCUGGAGGCCGAGCUGGCGCUGCGCACGGCAGAACUCGACUCCGCGCAGAGCGAUGCCGAGAAGUACGCGGCGAUUAAGCAGAAGCUGGAGAUGUCGGAGCACUUGCUGGGCGUGUCGCGCGCGCGCGUGGCCGCCACGGCGCACGCGCAGCUGCACCAAGAGAUACAGGCGCUGCGCGAACAGAUAAAACAAUUGAGCGCGGCGUUGGAAGAAGAUAAGAAAACGCAGGCUGAAGCCUCGGCCCGCGCUAAAGAACUGGAAGCUAAAGUGAAAGAUAUUAAGGGACAUAGAGAAAGAGAGUUCCAAAAAGCGGAACAAGCGUUGAAGAAAGCCAAAGAAGAAGCAGAGCAGCACGGCAGCACCUGGAAGCAGCGCGAGCAGGAGUUCGAGACGCUCCGCCUGGAGGUGCAGGAGCUGGAGGCCGCUGUGGCCAGCACCGAGAAGCAGCUGCAGGACACGGAGCAGGCGGUGGAGGGACUGGCAGCCGCUUUUGAGAAGGCGCAGCAGGAACACAGCGAAGCGCUUGCUACUGUAAAAGACUUGCAAAGCCGUAUAAAGAAGCAUAAAGCGGAAAUAGCCAGCCGCAACACGGAGGUGGCCAAGCUGUUGCAGAAGAAGGACAAGCUGUUGAAGGACAACAACGAGCUGGAGCUCAAUAUUAAGGAGUUGGAGUACAAGGUCAAGGAGUUACAGACCGAGGCUUCUGAUUGCAAGAAACGGAUGGAGGCGCUGGAGAGCGAGCACGCGUGGAUCGCGUCGGAGCGGCAGUACUUCGGCGCGGCGGGCGGGCUGUACGACUGGGGGCCGCGCGGGGGCGCCGGCGCCGGUGCGGGGCCGCGCGCGGCGCAGCUGCGCGAGCGCCGCGCCCGCCUCGCGCGCGGCCUCAACGCGCGCGCGCACACGCUGCUCGGCGGCGAGGAGCAGCAGUACCAAGACGUGUUGCGCAAGAAGGCAAUCGUGGAGGCGGACCGCGCCAAGCUGGUGGAGGUGAUGGGCGAGCUGGACGAGAAGAAGCGGCGCACGCUGGUGGCGGCGUGUGCGCAGGUCAACCGCGACUUCGCGUCCAUCUUCAGCACGCUGCUGCCCGGCGCGCAGGCGCAGCUGCGCCCGCCGCCCGGCCUCUCCGUGCUCGACGGACUCGAGGUACGCGUGGGCUUCAAUGGCACGUGGAAGGAAUCGCUGAGCGAGCUGAGCGGCGGGCAGCGCUCGCUGGUGGCGCUGUCGCUGGUGCUGGCCAUGCUGCUAUUCCACCCGGCGCCGCUCUACAUCCUGGACGAGGUGGACGCGGCGCUGGACCUGUCGCACACGCAGAACAUCGGCGCCAUGCUCAAGGACCACUUCCGGCACUCGCAGUUCAUCAUAGUGUCGCUGAAGGACGGCAUGUUCAACAACGCCAACGUGCUGUUCCGCACGCGCUUCGUGGACGGCAUGUCGGCUGUGCAGCGCACCGUCAACUCACGCCGGUAGUUUCAUAAAAAACAAAUAAACUUACAAAAUGUUUUUUUAGUAACAAACAUCGGGCAACUGCGCUGGUGGUUCGCCUGAUGGUAAGCGAUCACCACCGCCCAUGAACUUGCUUAGCUUUUAAGGGGAAAUGGAUAAAGAAAGGAUUCACAACUGGAAAAAAGGAAUGGCCUGCGAAGGGUGAGGAAAAGGAUACGGCCCUCGCCAUCCUUGUAUAUACAAUGUAUUGUUGAAGUGUUUGAAUUUAACUCGACAGAUUGUUUCUGUUAUAACUGCGUAUUGUAAGGUACAUUUGUAAAUAUAGUAAAUAAGUUUUGGGUCUCGAUUUCAUGUAAUUGUUGUAUUUAAACUCCUUUUGUGGCGAAUUUUGAAAAUUUUGAUACAAACAAAAAUCGAAUGAAAUGUCGUUUCGCCUCAUUGAUCUUUUCUUUCACUGUCAGUUUGACAUUCCUAAUAAAAACAUUUAUAAUCAAACUAGAACUUUAAUUUGUUUAUAUCUUCACACGGAGUUCUCUGAGUUAAAUGUUAUAUAAGUUUUUUUAUGGAAUCCAUGUGAUUCAUCACGA